AUGUGGAAUAUGAUGUGUGAUGUUAUGCCGACGAUCGCCGAGGACAGUCUGGGGCAAAGGGGCGGUCAAUUUUCGGCGGAUGAGGCCAAUUUCGAGCAACUCAUGGUGAAUAUUUUGGACGAACGUGACAAGCUUUUGGAAACUUUGCGGGAUACACAGGAAAAUUUGGCCAACACUCAUAUCAAGCUCGGCGAUUUGGGUAAAGAGAAAGAAGCUUUGCAGAGGCAAUUGCAAGCAAAUUUACCUCAGGAGUUCGCCUCCCUCACCAAGGAGCUCAACCAGUCCCGGGAGCUGCUGCUGGAGAAGGAGGAGGAAAUCCAAGAACUGAAGGCCGAGAGGAACAACACAAGACUUCUUCUGGAACAUCUGGAGUGCCUGGUGUCUCGUCACGAACGGUCUCUACGGAUGACUGUGGUGAAAAGGCAAGCGCAGUCGCCCGCCGGUGUAUCCUCGGAAGUCGAGGUCCUCAAAGCCCUCAAGUCCCUCUUCGAGCACCACAAGGCCCUAGAUGAAAAGGUUCGUGAAAAACUACGUGUUGCUAUCGAGCGAGUCGCAGCUUUGGAAGAAAUUGUCAAUCAGCAAAAUGAAGAGAUAGCAAAUGGAACAAUUGAUGACGAUGAAGUAUCAAAAGUCAUCGAGUUGCAAGACAUUGUCGAGAAGCAAGCAAACGAAAUAGUGGUCGGACGAAACAAAUUGUUGGACUAUGGGGGUAAAAUGAGAGAGCUGGAAGACUCAAUGACAGUCGCACAAAAGGAGGUUGCACGACUUCAACAAGAAAACUCAAGGUUGUCGAGAGAUCUCAGAGAGAAUAAUGCACAAAAAGAGGACCAAGAAGAAAGAAUUACCACCUUAGAAAAAAGGUACUUAAAUGCUCAAAGGGAAUCUACUUCUUUGCAUGAUUUAAAUGAGAAGCUAGAACAAGAAUUAGCCAACAAAGAAGCACAACUUAAAUUGAGUGAGGAGAAAAUCAAAGCACUACAAGAGCGAUUAGAGUUAGCAGAGCAAAAAUUAGCACAAUUUUCAUUAAAGACAGACUCAGUUAGUGAUAGCAAUGAAGAUAGAAACAAAAUGGAUGCCCUAAGUCAGAUUCAUGAAAGACAAGGAAGUGUUGAAGAAAGAUUGCUGAGAUUGGAGCAGCAACUGGAAGAAAAAAGUGCAGAACUUUCUAGGGCAAGACAGCGAGAAAAGAUGAACGAAGAUCACAAUCAAAGGUUAACGGCCACUGUUGAUAAAUUACUGGCAGAAUCCAAUGAGAGGCUUCAGAUGCAUCUCAAAGAGAAGAUGCAUGCACUUGAAGAAAAAAAUAUUCUUGCUCAAAACUUAGAUCAAACUCAAAAAUUGUUGGAAGACACCCAAUCUGAAAAGGACAAAAUUGUUGGUGAAAUGGGAAAAAUGAGGGGCGAAAUGGACUCCCUUAGGCAUGAAUUCCAAAAUUAUAGAAGUGAUGCUCUUUCUAGGCGAAAUAAUAAUCCUACAUCCUUAUCACCCUCCUGGGUUAAUUAUUCGACGGCCAGCGGAUCCAUUUCUCCCAAUCGGAACAUCAACCUGGUGGGCUCAGAUUCUGUACCCACUCCAGGCAGUCUUGUUUACAACUCAACUUCCCCUUCUGGAUCUCAGCAGAGUCAAAGGAGCCAUUCUAUUGGUGUUGAAGAAAAUGCCAAUAGUUGGGAAAAAAUGGAGCAAACACAUGUGAUGUCAAAUGUGCAGCAUCAACAUUUUGACACAAGUGAUAACGAAUGUAGUCAAGACGAAGGGGAAAAUAUUUUUGAAUCUAUGGACAUUCUUUCUCCAUCUGGGCACACGGAUGCACAAGCCUUAGCAUUAAUGUUGCAAGAACAAUUAGAUGCAAUUAACAAUGAAAUAAGAUUAAUUCAAGAAGAGAAACAAAGUACAGAGCAACGUGCGGAAGAACUAGAGUCCCGUGUCGGCAGCAUGGAUUCGAUUGGUCUUCUCGCUCGAGCCUGUCCUGCAGAGAGACCUUCUCCCCCACAAAGUGGUCGCUCUACGCCCAAAUCUCACAGUCCAAAUAGAGACUACCUACAGAAAUAUCAUACAGUGCAGCCAAUGAGUGAAGCUCUCGAUGACAGUCAACUUUCCAGACAAUCCAGUCCUCCUACUCCUCGUUCCUUGAGACUGGAAAGGAUAGCUCACUCCAUACCUCAAAAUCAUGAUGACUACAGAAAUAAAAUCUAUCUUUUCUUUGUGCUGCUCUUGGAAUAUAAAGUAGUUUGCCAAGUUCUGCAUCCCAAAUUUCCUCAUCCAUUCCAUCUUCCACAGUUCCUCCUGACUUGCUCAGCUCUUCUCUCCCUGCACAGCAACACUUCUCCAUUCAGACCUACUGUGGACAGUAGCCUCCUGAAUGCUACCUCACCCAUCAGUUCUGUAAAUUCAUCUCAGGAUUCCCUGCACAAAGCAGCCGCCAAGAAGAAAGGGUUCAAGUCCUCCCUGGGAAGGUUUUUCAGCAAGAAGGAAAAAAUUCGUCCAAAGACAAAUGCCAACAAUGAUGAGGUGGACUGUCGAACAACGUUAACUCAUGUUGUGAUAGAUCAGUUUCUUUUUUUCCAUUCUUCACAUGUGCGACACGAGCUUCUUGCCGAAUCCAUGAAAGCUGGCACUCCUUUUGCCCUCUGGAAUGGACCUACCAUUGUAGCCUGGUUGGAGCUUUGGGUGGGCAUGCCGGCAUGGUAUGUGGCAGCGUGCCGGGCAAACGUAAAGAGCGGCGCCAUCAUGUCGGCACUAUCCGACACGGAGAUUCAGCGAGAGAUAGGAAUCAGCAACCCUCUCCAUCGACUGAAAUUGAGGCUGGCCAUUCAGGAAAUGGUUGCUCUCACAAGCCCCUCUGCUCCAAAACCCUCUAGAACUUGUUUAGCUUUUGGUGAAAUGAACCAUGAAUGGAUGGGGAAUGAAUGGCUGCCCGCUUUGGGACUUCCACAAUACCGUUCUACCUUCAUGGAGUGUUUGGUAGAUGCCAGAAUGUUAGAUAAUUUGACAAAAAAAGACCUUCGAGUGCAUUUAAAAAUGGUAGAUAAUUUUCAUAGAACUAGUUUACAAUAUGGUGUAAGUUGCCUAAAGAGAAUGAAUUAUGAUAGAGAAGCAUUGGAAAGGCGGAAAAGUACUGAAAUGGACAUAAAAGAUGUCCUCGUCUGGUCGAAUGAUAGAGUCAUCAAAUGGAUUGAUUCAAUCGGACUGAAGGAAUUUUCCAACAACCUCAUUGAGUCCGGUGUCCAUGGUGCUUUCAUUGCUUUGGAUGAUAAUUUUGAUCACAAUGCAAUGGCUCUGGCGCUGCAGAUACCUACAACUAACACACAGGCUAGACAAGUAUUAGAACAAGAAUUCAACAAUUUAUUAUUAAAAGGCACAGAAAGAAGGCCAGAUGAAGCUCACAAGCAUGCUGUUCAUACUGUUGGGACCCAUCACAAUGUUCAAGGUGAUCGCUUAGUAUGAUACCAGUGUGUAUAUGAUUUGUUAAAGUUGUUUUUCCUAAAUCAGUUUAACAAACCUGUAGAAUACUCAUGUAUGUAAAAUUCAAUUGUUGGAAUCACUCUGUAAGAUAGAAGCACA